GCAAAGAUUUUAAACUAACAAGAAACAGCGACCACCACAUUCACAUCUAGAUCCCAAAAACUGAUAGUUAAAUAUCCAAUUGAAGCCUAAUCUAAACCCUUAAAUCAAGAUUUUCAAUGCGUCUACCACAAUAAAACUAGUAAAAUUUUGAAGGACAUGGAAGAAGAAAGAGAAAAGGUUCUUUUAACAAUGAACAAAGACAAUUCUGGAUUAUAUCAAGAUGGAGCAGAAUUGAGAAAAUUCAGAGCAUAUCUAAGAUGGGUUUACGUGGACCAAUCAAAUCCAUGCAAAGCUGGUUUAUCUUGGUCUUUGUUUAUUACACUGGCUUACGUUGUACCUAUUCUAUCUCACUUUCUUCUUGAUUGUUCAACAACCUGCGAUGCUGAUCAUACUCGACCGUACCAUGUUCCUGUUCAGAUUUCUUUGUCUGCUUUUGCUACCUUGUCUUUUGUUAGCCUCUCUAAAUGGGAUCGUAGAUAUGGGUUUAGUAGGUUUCUUUUUCUUGAUAAAGUUAGUGAGGAGAGUCUCAAGAUUCAACGUGGGUAUGCUCAACAGAUGAAGAGAACAAUGAAGCUCAUCUUGCUUUGGGGACUUCCCUGUUUCAUAGCUGAAUGUGCCUACAAGAUAUGGUGGUACAUUUCAGGAUCAUCCCAAAUACCAUAUUAUGGUGAAAUAUAUGUGAGUAGCAUCAUUCUGUGCACAUUGGAGCUAUGUUCUUGGCUUUAUAGAACAUCGAUUUUCUUCUUGGUAUGUGUCCUCUUUCGACUCAUUGGCUACCUGCAAAUACAAAGACUAGAUGAAUUUGCUCCUGUUUUUCAACGAGAGACUGAGGUAGGAUCGAUCUUGUUGGAGCACCUUAGAUUACGAAGGAAUCUACGCGUCAUUAGCCACCGUUUUCGAGCUUUCAUUUUGUCUUCUCUCCUUUUGGUGACAGCAAGCCAGCUCAUUUUUCUUCUGAUGGUUAUAAAACCACAUGCUGAUGUUGAUAUCCUCAAGAGUGGAGAGCUCGGGUUAGUCUCCAUCACCCUGGUUAGUGGACUUUACAUACUCUUAAGAAGUGCGACCAAAAUCACACAUAAAGCACAAUCCAUCACAGGACUUGCCGCUAAGUGGCAUAUAUGUGCUACCAUAAACUCCUUUGACAACAUUGACGGUGGUGAGACACCAACAACAGCAGAGGCAACUUCAACACAAGCUAUGGCUGCCAGUAUUAGUUGGGGAUCGUCGGACGAAGAUGAGUUUGGAGAUGAAGAGGAUGAGUUGAAUAACACCAAAUUACUACCAAUUCAUACACAUACUAUCUCAUUCAAUAAAAGACAGGCUUUAGUGACAUAUAUGGAGAACAAUAGAGCAGGAAUCACUGUUUAUGGAUUCAUGCUUGACAGAUCUUGGCUUCACUCCAUUUUUGGUAUUCAAUUGGCUCUCUGCCUUUGGCUACUUAACAAGACAGUUGGUAUUUAGAGACGGAAAUGGAACUGUAAUCAUCCUCCUUGUUCUACCUUGUGCAAUGUGAAGUGCAUCUUUUGAAUCGUCAUCUUUUCGUUUGAAUUUCAUAGAUAAGGUUAUGACAUACGAAAUGUAAAGGAUGUGUGUUUGCUGCUACACAUAGUGUUGAGAGUAUUGUAAAUGUGUCCGCAUUGCCUACUACCCGGUCCUCAGUGGGGAAUAUAUCAAAUGACACGGAAGACAGGCACGUUGAAGCGAAGAACCGGCAACAACAAGCCUUUGAUGUUAUGUAUAGUGCUGAAAUCUCUACAAACAAGAAGUUUCCGAUCUUGUCAGUCUAGUGCUUUUCAAAUGUUAACAAAAAUAAGUUAAUUAUCCUUGCAUUUGUAUGCAUGUUUGUAAACUAUUAUGGUAAAUAUAAAUGUUUUUCGUGUAAAAUAUAAGUGAGAGAAGUGAUAAAUAAAACUCUAUUUUCUUUUUA